ACACAGGAAGGCAGGGCGGUGAGCGGGCCCGCGGUGGUGUUUGACUAGGUUCUGUUUGCUGGAGAAGCAGAGACGGAACCUGCCCUGGAGGGGUUCCCGGUCUAGUGAGAAAACCCCCACCUUCCAGCCUAGCAAAUCCCUAGGAGAAGAUGACUGUGUUCUUUAAAACACUUCGGAAUCAUUGGAAGAAAACUACAGCUGGCGUCUGUCUGCUGUCAUGGGGAGGCCACUGGCUCUAUGGGAAACACUGUGAUGACCUGCUAAGGAGAGCAGCCUGUCAAGAAGCUCAGGUGUUUGGCAACCAGCUCAUUCUCCCCAAUGCACAAGUGAAGAAGGCCACCGUCUUUCUCAACCCCGCAGCUUGCAAAGGCAAAGCAAGGACUCUGUUUGAAAAAAAUGCUGCCCCGAUUUUACACUUAUCUGGCAUGGAUGUGACCAUCGUUAAGACAGAUUAUGAGGGCCAAGCUAAGAAACUCCUGGAACUGAUGGAAAACACAGACGUCAUCAUUGUUGCCGGAGGAGAUGGGACGUUGCAGGAGGUUAUUACUGGAGUUCUUCGAAGGGCAGAUGAGGCGACCUUCAGUAAGACUCCCAUCGGAUUUAUCCCCCUGGGGCAGACCAGUAGUUUGAGUCAUACCCUGUUUACCGGAAGUGGAAACCAAGUCCAACACAUUACAGAUGCUACACUUGCCAUUGUGAAAGGAGAGACAGUUCCACUUGAUGUUUUGCAGAUCAAGGGUGAAAAGGAACAACCUGUGUUUGCAAUGACUGGCCUUCGAUGGGGAUCCUUCAGAGAUGCGGGCGUCAGAGUUAGCAAGUACUGGUAUCUUGGUCCUCUAAAAACUAAAGCAGCUCACUUUUUCAGCACUCUUAAGGAGUGGCCUCAAACUCACCAAGCCUCUAUCUCGUACGCGGGACCUAUAGAGAGACCUCCCAGUGGAGCGGAAGUGGUCCCGCCACGGCCCUCUUUGUACCGGAGAAUACUGCGGAGGCUCGCGUCAUACUGGGCACGACCACAGGACGCCCUUUCCCAAGAGCUGGGCCCGGAGGUCUGGAAGGACGUGCAGCUGUCCACCAUUGAACUGUCCAUCACCACGCGGAACGGUCAGCUUGACCUGAUGAGCACAGAAGACUUUAUGAACAUCUGCAUCGAACCUGACACUGUCAGCAAAGGAGACUUCGUAAUUAUAGGAAGUAAAAAGGUCCGAGACCCCACGCUGCACGCUGCCGGCACCGAGUGUCUCCAGGCCAGCCAGUGCACUCUGCUGCUUCCUGAGGGCACAGGGGGCUCCUUUAGCAUUGACAGUGAGGAGUAUGAAGCGAUGCCCGUGGAGGUGAAGCUGCUCCCCAGGAAACUGCAGUUCUUCUGUGACCCCAGGAAGAGAGAGCAGAUGCUGCAGAGCACAGCCCAGUGAGCGGGCAGGAGGAGAAGAGCGCUCUGAGACUGCACUUUAGGCCCCCAGAGGGGCCAAAAGGGACCAAAUGCCUCCCCUGUCCUGUGUUGUCAGCAGAUCCCAAGGGCGUUUUCAUGGCAAGUACCUGUGCCCUUCCCUCACGGUGCUUCCCAAAGUGUGCUGUGUGCCGCCCGCUUGCCCUUAGCAUGCUUUGAUGUCUGUGUGAGUCGGUCCUGCCCACGUACGGAUUUUUCUCAGGCUAGUUCUAGAAAAUUCUCACUCUCAGUAGCUGGAAAAGGGCUAGACCUUGUUAUCUGCCCGAAGUGCAAGCACAGUGGCCUCCAAGGACUUUCGGGAAGUGCCAGGCUCCCGAUGGUGCUGCUACUUUGUGAGUUCUGAUGACGGAGCUUGCUUCCGUUCUCUCCUCAAUCCAGAGACAUACGUGAGGCGUUUCCCUCUUCAGCCUUGGCUGAAACACUGUCGUAUACUAGUUUUUUUAAGUAGUGCUUCUUAAAUGUUGGUUUGCAUGAGAACCAUCUGGGGUGCUCAUUGAAAAUUGAGUUACGGGGAGCCCAACCAGAUUAACUCAAACAGGACGGAGCCCAGGAAUCGGUACAUGUUUAAAGAGCAGCCGCCCUCCAGAGGAGACUACAGCCUUACCUGGAUGUAGUAUUGUAAAGCAGUGGUUCACACACAUUUCUGCUCACAUACUUCCUAAAGGUAGUUUGGAAAGUCAUGUUUCCACUCACACUUGUAAGCUGACAUCUAACGUUUUUCAUAGGAAGUUAGAGUUGCCAAAGUAUGUACUUUCUGCUAUCCUGUAAAUAUUGAUAUUUUAAAAUAAAACUGUUACUUCACUCUUUUAAACAUAUUCAGUGUAAUUUAAAUACAUAGCGAUCUGACACUCAUCCAUUUACAAAAAUAAAUAAGUUCUUUGGUAGUUGAAAAAUUUAAGUUGAUGUUUUUUCUUGUAUGUGUAUUUCUGUACCACUCUGUCGGCAAAGAAUGCUAUGAUGAUGUAACCGAUUUUUAUGCUUGAAAUUUUUAGUUCAUUAAGUGUUAACUCAGUACAGAAUAAAUGUUAUAAUUAUUGAUA